AUGGCAUAUUCACAGUCUGAAGACGAGAUGGCACAGCUUCAGAAACUGUCGGCCGAGUUCCAACCUGAAGUGACGGGACCCUUUGUCAGUGAAAAGCAACUGACGAGUGCUCUCAUUGAAGAGUAUGCUGCUGCUGACCCAGUCUACCGCACAAAAACAUCGGCACUUCCCCACAAGUACUCUCACUACCGCACUACUCGUGGAGAUGGGAGAUGUGGCUGGAGAGCUGUCGCUUUUGGCUACUUCGAGAACCUCUUUCGUUUUGGUGACAGAACCAAGUUCUUGGAAGAAGAAACUCGCCUAAAGUCUCUGGGAAAUGUCAUCAACAUGGCUGGCUACAGCCAGUUCAUCUGGGAAGACUUUGCUGACGAGAUCCAUGGUCUGUUACGCAAGUGCAUGUCAGCCGAUGCUUCUAAAUCCGAAGCCUUCCUCCUCGAGCAUUUCAACAACGAGGAAACCCAGAACGGAAUCAUCACAUACCUCAAGACACUUACCUCAGCAUGGAUGAAAACUCGCCCGAACGACUAUGCUCCCUUCGUGCUUCCUCACACUGUUCCCAGCUACUGCGACGCCAACAUCGACCCUCACCAGAUCGAGAUCGAUCAUCCUGGAAUGCAAGCCUUAACUGACGUCUUGCUCAAGCCUGCCGGUGUCUCUUUGGAAGUCAUCUACCUUGAUCGCAGUGCUGGCACGGAGGUCAACGCUCAUCAGUUCGCGCCUGGCCUUUCGAGUAGUCAGAUCAUCCGUCUUCUCUACAGACCCGGUCAUUACGACAUAUUGUAUCAGCCAGAUCAAAUCUUCACGCAGCCACCACCAAGCCAGCCUAUCGCUGUGCCAACAUACCUGCAGUCGUCGCUCCACCACUACGAAGAGCCUGUCAUGGACCUUGGCAUGUCCGACUUUAUGACCAUGAUCCCUGGAAUGUCCUUGCUUUCAAGCCAGUCCAACUGGAUGCCCAACCAAUUCUACGGUGUAUCCGACUACUCCGCCCCCACUUCUGCUAUGCCACCUCCUCCUGUGCAAGCGCCUGCACCUAUGUCUGUCCAGCACCACGCACCGCCGGCUCCCGUGUCUGCUGUCACGCCUGCUUAUGCUCCCGCGGCUCAGACUCCCUCGCCCACCUCAACCACUGAUUACGCGUUCUCACCCGUUUCGCAGACCACGUUCUUCAACUACGAUCAGCUCAGCUAUGGCGGCAAGGGCAACUUCAGGCCAUCCACGCACAUGUUUGAACAAAACGGACAGAACGUUGCAGCCGCGACUGCUCAGAACUCUGUUUGUCAGACAGCACAGUUCAAACAGUAA